CUCCUACAACAUUCCACCAAUAAAUACUGGAGUCAAACACACAGAGAAAUCAAUCACUCCAUGUGAGACGACUGAAAUCUUGUUGGUUCUGGUAAAAGAGAAGUUUGAGAAGAUGAGAGAUCCACAACCUUGCAGAAUGGAGAAUGAAGAUACAGAGGAACAAAAAGAUAUGAUGGAAGUGAAUAAGGACAGUCAAGCUGAAGUGAAUGAAGCGGAUGGGAAACAUCAGAAUGUAAAAACAAAAUGUCAUGUUUCACAGAAAGGAUCUCUGAGAAGGAGAGACAAAAUGUGUAAAAAGAGUUUCAGAAAAGUUGGAGGCCCUGCAGAUCACAUGAGGACUCAAAAUGGAAAGAAACCAUUUACAUGUCAUCUGUGUGGAAAGAGCUUCAGAAUCAAAGCACUCUUUAACGCACAUAUGAGAAUUCACACUGGAAAGAAACCAUUUAAAUGUCAUACAUGUGAAAAGUUUUUCACAUGUUAUAGUGCCCUCGAUAUACACACAAGAACUCACACUGGAGAAAAGCCGCACAAAUGCCAGCAGUGUGGAAAGAGUUUUGCCAUUGAAAGUAACCUUAAAAGACACAUGAGAGUUCACACCGGAGAAAAACCUUUUGAAUGUCAUCAAUGUGGAAAGUUUUUCACAUGUUAUAGUGCCCUUAAGGAACACAUGAGAAUUCACACUGGAGAAAAACCGUACAAAUGCCAGCAGUGUGGUAAGAGUUUUGCCAUUGAAAAUAACCUCAAGAUACACAUGAGAAUUCACACUGGAGAGAAACCAUUCAAGUGCAGUCAGUGUGACAAACGUUUCACCCAAAAAGCAUGUGUUAAAACGCACAUGAGAAUUCACACUGGAGAGAAACCAUUCACAUGUAAACAGUGUGGGAAGAGUUUUGCCCAUAAAUCAACCAUGGACUACCACAUGAGAAUUCACACUGGAGAGAAACCAUUCACAUGUAAACAGUGUGGGAAGAGUUUUGCCCAUAAAUCAACCAUGGACUACCACAUGAGAAUUCACACUGGAGAGAAACCGUUCAAAUGCAGUGAGAAUGAGAAGAGUUUUACCACUAGAAGUAACCUUAAUACAAACAUGAGAAUUCAAACAGAAGAGAAACCAUUCAAAUGCAGUCAGUGUGACAAACGUUUCGCCCAACAAUCAGGUGUUGAUAGACACAUGAGGGUUCACACCGGAGAGAAACCUUUUGAAUGUCGACAAUGUGGAAAGUUCUUCGGAUGUUCCGGUGCCUUCAUUAAACACAAGAGAAUUCACACUGGAGAGAAACCUUACUCGUGUCAUCAUUGUGGUAAGAGUUUUGCCCAACAUUCAGGUUUAACAACGCACAUGAGAACUCACACCGGAGAGAAACCGUUCAAAUGCAGUCAGUGUGACAAAAGUUUCGCCCAACAAUCAAGUGUUGAUAAACACAUGAGAAUUCACACCGGAGAGAAACCUUUCAAAUGCAGUCAGUGUGACAAAAGUUUCACCCAACAAUCAGGUGUUGAUAGUCACAUGAGUAUUCACACCGGAGAAAAAUCUUUUGAAUGUCAUCAAUGUGGAAAGUUUUUCAGAUGGUCUAGUAGCCUUAAGACACACAUGAGAAUUCACACUGGAGAGAAACCGUUCACAUGCCAGCAGUGUGGAAAGAGUUUUACCUUUAGUAGUAACCUUAGAAUACAUAUGAGAAUUCACACCGGAGAGAAACCGUUCAAAUGCACUUGGUGUGACAAAAGUUUCACCCAACAAUUAGCUGUUGAUAAACACAUGAGAAUUCACACUGAAGAUAAACCUUACAAAUGCAGUGAGUGUACGAAGAGUUUUACCACUGGAAGUGACCUUAAUACACACAUGACAAUUCACACCGGAGAGAAACCAAUCAAAUGCAGUCAAUGUGACAAAAGAUUCAUCCACAAAUCAAGUCUUGAUAGACACAUGAAAAUUCACACUGGAGAGAACACUUUUGAAUGUCAUCAAUGUGGAAAGUUUUUCGACUGCUAUAGUACCCUUAACUCACACAUGAGUGUUCACACUGGAGAAAAACCGUUCAAAUGCAGUCAAUGUGACAAAAGUUUUGCCCACCAAUCAGCUGUUGAUAGACACAUGAAAAUUCACACCGGAGUAAAACCUUUUGAGUGUCAUCAAUGUGGAAAGUUUUUCAGAUGCUCUAGUAGCCGUAAUGUACACAUGAGAACUCACACUGGAGAGAAACCGUUCACAUGCCAGCAGUGUGGAAAGAGCUUUACCACCGCUGGUCACCUUAAGGAACACAUGAGAGUUCACACCGGAGAGAAACCUUUCGAAUGUCAUCAAUGUGGAAAAACGUUCAGCGGUUAUAGUAGCCGUUAUGUACACAUGAGAAUUCACACUGGAGAGAGAGCGUUCACUUGUCAUCUGUGUGGAAAGAGCUUUAUCACCGCUGGUAACCUUAAGACACACAUGAUAACUCACACUUGCAGUCAGUGUGGAAAGAGUUUCCGGGAUAAAAACACACUUAAGACGCACAAAAAAAUUCACACCAGAGAGAAAUCUUAGCGUGGAGACGCUUCGAAGAAUCGCAUGAGAACUCACACCGGAAUCUUACAGUCCACAUGAGAAUUCACACUGGAGAGAAACCGUUCACAUGCCAGCAGUGUGGAAAGAGCUUUACCACCGCUGGUAACCUUAAGGAACACAUGAGAGUUCACACCGGAGAGAAACCUUUCGAAUGUCAUCAAUGUGGAAAAACGUUCAGCAGGUAUAGUAACCGUUAUGCACACAUGAGAAUUCACACCACAGAGAAACCUUAGCGUGUAGACGCUUUGAAGAAUCACAUGGGAACUCACACUGGAGUCUUACAGUCCACAUGAGGGUUCACACUGGAGAGAAACCAUUUACGUGUAAACAGUGUGGGAAGAGUUUCGCAUGGAAAAAAGCCAUUAAAAUGUGAUGAGUGCGGUAAAAUGUUUAAAUCCUCAUCAUAUCUGAUGAUACACAGAGUGUUUGUCUGUUUGAAAUUUAAAAAAACAUGUUGGUUCGAGAUGUCAUAUGUGCUUUGAGUGUGAACAAUGUACUACUGGAACUCAAUGUUUAGUUUGGGACCCCCAGACCCUGUUCAAGUUUUUUAUUCUGAUAUUUCAUGACUUUUUUAAUUAACAUAAGAUAAAUUGAGAAUUUUGAAAGUUUUUUUACUUAUUGACUGCACAUGUGAUGAACCCAGUAAUAAAGGUUAAUCUGACCACAAUUUAUUUUUGCAUGCUUGUAAUCUG